GUCCCAAAAGCCAGUUUCUUCAGCCAAGGAUCAGAACGCCAAGGUCCCCGCCCUCGACAGCCACCCUGUUUUGCCCCCUUUUUCUAAAGCCUUGACUCCUUUUGUGCCAGCAUGUCGUCUCUUUUGAGGGAAGAGAUGCAGAGGGUUUUAUUUCGACCUGCAAAGCACAGACUGGUGGAGUUUAUCGAGAUCGAAGAGCCGUCGCCUGGAAGGCAUUUUCUCUGCGUCUCAGUUGGACGAAAAAAAGUGGUGCAGCUGAGCAUAGUGCAUUGUCAGAUCUCUCAGACGACCCAAAAGUCUGGAUCCAAGAAGUCGCAAACCAAACGUUCCAGCAUCCAGGAGUGCUACAAGAGGAUAGAGAUCUGGUCCCUGCACGACUUGACUCUUGUUGAUGGGCGAGACCCUGAUGUGGACGACCCCUGCUUCCUGCUGCACUUCGAUGAGGUGCGCACAGUGACGGCCAUCACCUGCUCAGCCAAAUACACCAUGGUGCGCGCCCUGGUUGCCCUCUGCGAACGCCACUGUCAGAGGCCGCUGAAUCUGCAGAACUUUGACUUCCCUUACAUCAAGCCCACCACCUACUACUCCAACAGAGGGGACUGUGUCGUUCUGUCCCAGAUAUGCUUCUAUGCCUGCAAUCUGGUUUGUCUGUCCAUGUGUCCCGUGCCGCUGGAUGCCUAGUGACAAAACUCCCGUGUGUGGUUCUCUAUAUAGUGUGUGGGCAAUGUCGUGCUGUCGCUAAUGUUCUGUGUGUAGUUCGGGUCAAUAGGAGCUAUAGAAUUUGCUUCAGUUGGGUUUUAAUAAAGUGUUAUUGAUCUUUUUUUGCGUUAAUGCUCUUCUAAGUGUGUGUUCACUUAAUGUGAUAUUUCUAAAACAUCUUUUAUACUUUAUUUAUAUAAGUACAUGACCCAUUUGAGAGUCCACUAAAUAUGAUAUUUACAAUAAAACAAAAUAAACUGUAGAAGACUAAUAUGAAAAUAAAGAGAUGACCCAUGUCUUCCUUUUGUCACGAAAAUAAAGAAUCCUGUGCACACAGUAUGAUUACUGUGUGCUGUUUAUUUGGCAUCUCUGUAUUUAUAAACGCAUAUGGAGCCAAAGUAACACGUCAUAUAAAAAGAAAUGACUCCAGGGGCGUUCUGUUGGUUUACUGCUGCAUAUUUUAGCCCAAUAACAGAUUAAUCAUCCCCUGACUUCUGUUUCUAUUACGAG